CAAUCUAUCUACAUCAUGUAACAAAAAAAGAAAAACAAUUUGAUCGAAGAAGAAAAGAUGAGGAGAGGCAGCAAGGAUGAAGACGAUGAAGUUGAACAGUUGCUUCAAGCCGCUCAAGACGAGAUGAUUCUCAAGCUCUCUGUAAAUUCUCAUACCUCUCGCUCCAAACCUGAUUACCUCGAUCCGGAUCUUCACUCUAGAUUCCUCGCCCUCAGAUCUAAACCUUCGCAUCAGCAGCAGAAGAAGAAGAAGAAGGAGACGAAGGAUCAGAAACGGCGGUCGAUUUCUCCGCCGAAAUCGAAGGGUGUUGAAGAAACACCCGACGAUCUCAUGCUCAGAUUCGCCGCUCUGAAGACUACUCUUCCCUCCUCUUCCUCCUCUGUUCCGCCGUCAGUUCUUCGUCCGAGUGGAAUCGGAGAUGAGGCUGGUGAAUUAGGAGAAGAUGAUGAAGUGGAGAAGCUGAUACAGUGGGCUAUAGACGCUGCUCGUCUCGAUCCUUCUCCUCCCUCUGACGAUGAUGAUGAUGAUGGCCGGAGUUCUGAUAACGAUGAUGACAAUGGUUCAAAGAGAAAUGUCAAGCCCUAAUUGUAACAACUUUUGCUCUUCCUUGUAACUUAUUAUAUACCUCCGUUUAGUCACACUGUUAUCGAGAUUGAAUUUAAGUGUGUAUCAAUCACAUUCACUCUAAUCCUUUCGGUUUGCAAUCAAGUUAAUUCAAUUUUUUUCAUCUG